AUGGUGUCCGCCGACGAGAUCCUUUCUAUCGUUGCCUGCAUCCUCUUCUGCGUCAUCCUGAUCCAGUUCGCGUUCCGAUACAUGAAAUCACAUUGGGGUAUUUACCACUACAUCAUGAUCUUCAUCAUCCUCCGCAUCGUCGCCUACGGUAUCCGCGCCUAUCUCGAUUCGGGAGCCAUAGAACCCACGGACAAGAGCUACCUCAAUUUGGCCAUUACAGAGAUGGUCCUGCUCUCGAUCGGUGUCGUCUUUGUCAUGAAGCUCAUGGUCCAACUCUAUCAGUGCAUCCUUCCCAAACUACGUGCCCAGACCGGCCAAGGCCCCGACCUCUUUGAAAGAUGUCUAGUCGAGCGCACUCGGUUCUUCCUCUUGCCCUUAGUCAUACUGGUCGUUGUCGGUGCGAUCCAGUCGACGCCUGAUCACUCCCAGUCCGAUCAAGACCUGGGCUUGGUCCUCCGCAAAAUCGGCGUCUCACUCUUGACGGUGCUGGGAUUCUGGUAUGAGUUCGCCGCAUAUACUUACCGGAACCGUUAUCCAGGCAACCGCCGCGCGUUCACAAUUGCACUUCUAGCCACGACUGUGUUUGACAUCACCUUGGUCUACAAGCUGAUCUACACGUUCUUUCCGGAGGCACAAAAGACAACCGGUGUUUUCUUUGUCUUCUCACCCUUGCUCGAAUUGAUCGGAUUGUGUAUCCUAUCGGUCGAUUUGCAGGCCUACUUCUUGGGACAUCCGUUUGUUGAUGAGUUGGAGUUCCAGCCCACGGCAGCUAACGGGUAUUACCAGCCUCAGCCUGCUGGGUAUCAGCAGCCACAGCCACAGCCACAGCCACAGCCACAGCCACAGCCACAGGGUCCUGCUCCUAGAUACUAUUAA